AUGAGGACGGACCUCUCUCUGCACUGUGUGGGGGCAAGGCGGAUGUCUGGUGACAAACCACAGGAAUCACUCGAAAAUGGGCAGGACCAAUGGGCAAGAAAGGGUGAAGGAGCACCUCCUCCUGGCAUGUUUCCCCACAGUGAUGUGCUGGGUACGUACUGUGUACACCUCCCGUCCUUCCAUCUUUCUCCCCUCUCGUCAAGCCCCGUUGUUCUUACCUCCGCGCCGAUGGACCACCUCACAUUCUACUGCGGACAUCAAGUUCAACAACAAACCAGCAACACUACUCCGUCCACUUCGGAUGCCAAACAUCAUCAGGCCAAGGGCUUAGCCAAGUGGCAGCAGGCAGGAUCCGAGGUGAUUAUUGAUGUGACGACUGCACAAACACACGGAACACGCCGCCUGCAACGUCGUACGAAGGCUGGGGCGCUCAUUGUCCAAGACCAAAAGUCGCUUACAACGCCCAAUCCAAUACGAAUAAGCCAAUCGAGUCCGCUUUCGUCGUCGGUGACCGGUGUCCGUUGCGCUGGGAAAAAACCGAGGUACCAAAAACCAGCCUUUGCAUUUCGGACGGAGCCCGUCACUCUCAGCUUUCAACAAGUAUCUCUCCACCAUAUUUUGGCUAUACGGUACUUUGGCACGCCUAGAGCUUGCAGCCUCUGGCCGCUGGCAGAUGGCAGAUUGCUGCUGUUGCCUGCCGUUGCUGUCCUUGCUCUGGCGCUGUACCCGACAAAUACGUUUCACUCGCAGUCGGCCGAGGCGCAUCUUGAGGUCGAUCCGAGGUUUCCUAUUCGCCUCACUUUGACUGCUCAACUACUAUGCAAUUCUCUGGGCGGAAUACUUCCUCGCUCCUCGUUCGGAUGCAAAUUUCGUGCCCUACGGAUACACACUGCCGACAUCAUACAUGUCUUUCCUCCACCGUUCCUCGACUUCGCCCAGUCCGACUUGUCAUCACCGCCAAAAUUUGCCCACCCAGACCACGGCACCGGCACGCAAAGCACCUGGAAACUGGACACGAACGAGCCUUACGAAUACCCAGUGCGCCACGCCGUCUCUUUGUUUAAAUGGGGCCGUGUUGCUUUCAAGUUUGCCGCCUAUUGUCUGAUCUGA